CUCUAACACCUGGCACAACUCCAUGGGGCUGCGUCAGAUCUAGCGUGACAGCCAAAGUGUGACCACCAAGCCGCAUGGUCCUUGAGCAAGGAGAGAAGGAGCGUGCAAAAGACGUGCAAGAUGGCGGGCCAGCUUCGAGCGACCCAGGACGCCCCGAUAUGGAAUGCCAUCGAAGCCAACAACUUCAAGCAGGCGUUGAAGCUCGUCGACAAAAGGCUAGCAAAGCGGCAUACUGAUUAUCUGGAGUCUUUGAAGAUAUACAUUCGGUCUCGCUCACCUCAAUUACCUGAAAAAUCUGCAGUCUUGCUUCAUUUGGAAGAGUUGCCGGAGAAAAACCCGCCGCUCUCGGAUAUUGAGGCUAUUGAGUUGUACGAUGAAGCUCUGGAUGAGGUUCUGCCUCAGUCAAACGAGACGUGGGAGAGAAUUAUCGGCCAACUAAGAUGGCAGUGUGUCAAGGCUUCGCCAAAGGAUGAGGAAUUGAGCUUGAAAUGCUUUCAAGCUUGCUUGUCCAAAGGUGCUCUUGAUCAUGCGCGGCAGAUUGCCAACAGUCUCGAGAAGAAUUUCCCCAAAAAUCAUUCAUAUAUAUUUUGGAAUAUCACGAUGAUGUUCUUAUUUUCGGCAUCUAAAAAAUGUCCAGAAAACCAGAAGAAGAUCUGGGGAGGAUUGGCAUUAGGCACGAUAGGCAAACUUGCUGGUUCAACUCGAGAAGCCAAGGAUCAAAAGCAGCUUCCAACUCGGUCUAUCCAGACCCCACAAGAACUACUACUACUUGACAGAAUCGCAGAAGCCUACGGUAAGCCAGAACAACGACUAGGGUAUCUGCAAAGUUCCCAGCUAGGAUCCGAAUCAGCAGUCGCGAAAGGCGAGUGGCAACUAUGGAGGACGAGACUGCAGUUAAUGGAAGCUGCUAAGCAAUGGCAAGAGCUGUUUGACACGACAGGAACUCUGCUCAAACGAGCACGAACGAAGGACGAGUCUUCUCAGCUUCCAGAAUCUAGGUUGAGUGAUUGGAUUGUUUGGGAAGCAUACAUUCGUUCUGCAGUCGAGCUGGGUAGCAGCCAGUACACGUGUCAAGCCCAGGCUGAAGUAGAGGCUCAUCUCAACCCAACUUCUGGAAUUGACAAAAGCUGGAGUCGAAACGCCUCGCUCGCCCAGGUGAAACUCUUUUUCGAUAGCAGUACCGCAUUCUGCAGCUCCCAGCAGGGGAAGGUGACCGCCAUAGUCAAAUAUCUUCAGAGAUAUGGGAAAGCAAGUACUGCGUACAAUGAUCUCAGACCAUUUGUUGAGGGUUUGAAUUCCGAUGAACGCAAGCAGCUGUUGGAGAUUUUAAAGAGCAACACUGUCUUUUCGGACUCCGAAAAGAUCGGAGACGGGCAAUAUCCAACUAAGGAAGAUCUUUCUACGGCGGGACAGAUUACACAAGUUGUCAAUACCUACAAAUUGAGGUAUCUUGUGACAUGUGCUCUGCCAGAAUACGAGCGAAGACAGAGUCCGAUCAAAGCUCAAGUUGAUUUCAACUGUACCUCCUGCUCCCAGCCAUGUGGGCUAACGUGCAAACCCUGUCUUGAGAACGCGGCCAGAAAAGCCAUUCAGUCAUACAGAUGUGCUAUGGAUGACGGCGGACGAAUAUCUAAAACGCUUCUGAAAACCGAUCAACAUCCAGCGGAUGAUCUUAGUAUCCUGGCCGCCAUGUGCCUUAUCAAACUUUCCUUGAUUGAUGCAGACAUGGGCACAGAACCUCUGAAUAGGGCAUCAACAACGUACGCUUUGCAAGCUACAGUAUUAUUGGAAAAUGCUUGGCUGCACUCCAAGCAUAAUUUCCAAAUAUCCCUCAUGUUGGUCAGGUUAUACAAGUACUUAGGAUGUGGAAAUCUUGCAAUGAGAGCGUACCACCGUCUCGCCCCGAAAAACAUCCAGCUCGACACCUUACCGUACACUAUAUUCGACCGACUUUCUUCACUGCAUCCUCACGCAUCAAGUCAAUCUACAGAAGUCUCGUCGAAACAACGAACGCCUCUGGAACAUCUCCAAGAACAACAAAAGCUUUACCAGAUCUCACGCAAGAAUAUUACAAAGAAUUCCUGGCUAUCUUUCAAGCACGGAAGCUAUAAUUCAAUUUUCGAGAUGAGAGAGGUUUCCGAGAGGCUGACUCAUAGCAUCUCUGCAGCAAUGUCUGUCAUUGAGAGCAGGAAAAUGUCUCGUCUGACAGAACCUGGUACCCCGUUGACAGAAAUCUCUAAUGGCUUUGACCUUAUCCCACAUAAUACGGAAUUUCCAGAAACUGAAUUCUCCGAUAACCUUGACUAUGACUCCUUCCCAAACUUCGAGGCCAGCCGUGGCCCAAGAUUCGAAGAACUCAGUCGAUAUACUCCCAGGCUUUCAGCCAACCGAUGUCGGGCGAACCUCGCCGCCGAGAAGCUGAUGCUUAUCGUAGACCCUUCAUCUAACGUCGCUCAAGAGAAAGAACUGCUUCACUUGUGGUUGAAGCAAUAUCUUGACUCUGAAAAACAAAAUCCGUCUGCAAAGGUGGGAUCCGAAGGCAUGACUCGCUCCGAGGAGCUUGCGACGGAUACUUAUCAUGCCAUGGCUCUUAUCCUGAGGACAACACGCGACCAGGGUCAAUGGGCAGAGACUGAUUUUCAGGGCUUGCUGGAUAAGUAUAACAAUGAUCUGGUUGAGAGCCUCAAAGAGCAACUGAUGCUUGUCGAUAACUUGAAGGAGCCGGUUCCUGCGUUUGGAAAUACGCUGCAUGCGUUAUAUACCGCACAUGAAGUUGGCAGAACGAUUGUGAACUUCUGCAAAUAUUUGUCAAAACAGGGCAAAGACUUUGUUGCGAAGCAGAAGGAAGCUAGCACCAAGGUAGAAGAAGUUGCUCGGAAAUUGCUGCAUCUGGUGGGUGAUAAGUGUGCUGUUGUCAAGAAAGGGCUUGACGAAGGUGGUUGGAUCGACAAGGUGCUGGAGUGUGCGCUGCCGGAGCCACAAGAGGAUGUUGAUGAUGAAGUAAAUGUGACUGUAGUGAGUUCUCUGAGGGCGCUUCUAGAUGAGAAUUUCUUGGAGGAAUGGGCCGGCGAGAUUGUUGAGAGCUGGAGAGACUCGGUGAUUGGGUUUUCAUUACUCAAAGCCCCUCCCACCAAGCCAUAAACAUGGAAGAAGCUGGGCCAGAUACGUACCAAUCCAAAUAGAGAAAAUACUCCUUUAAUUCCCAUGACG